AUGCGCUUCAUCGUCCUGCUAGGAAUGGCCGUCGGUCUGGCCUCGGCCGCGGCCAUGACGCCGAUCGAGCGCCGGCAGUGUUCGACGCAGCGCGACGGGUGCUGCCUCAAGGAGGGCCAGUGCCAGGCGUGCUACUACGGCGACGAGCCGUACGACUGCAACUGCGUGUGCCUCGAGCGCGGCCUCUGCCCCUGCACGGGCUACUACCCGGCCACGGGCAAGUGCUUCAGCUGGUUCUCUCCGGACGGACAUCGUGAGGACGGCGUAGACCUUGUUGUCUUGCUGCCUGGCUGA